AUGCUGAUGCAGUCCAUUUUAGGUCGCAAGUCACCUUCACUUUCAUCUACAGGUGCCUUCACUCCUCUCCCUUUGUUGUGCUCAAGUUGUCUCAAAUACUCUGAUACAUACAAGUUCCAUGUUUCUUUCACUCACUCAAAGCGCAGAAAGGGUGUGAAAGAAGUCAAAUUUACAGCAUUAACUGAUCAAAACCAUGCAACUACUAACUGCCCAAAUGGUGAGGAACUCUCUGGUGAGUCAUACAACCAUUUGAUAAGUGAUUUUUGUAGAGCAGGGCAAAUUGACAAGGCCAUGGCUCUUCUUGCUGAAAUGGAAGCUCUUGGGGUUCGACCCAAUUCAAUCUCUUACGCUCAUUUGAUUGACGCUCUUGGAAGUACUGGCAGGACUUUGGAGGCUGAUAUGUUGUUUCAGGAAAUGAUAUCUUUUGGGUUUAAGCCAAGAAUUAAGCUUUACAAUGUUUUGCUCAGAGGGUUUUUGAAGAAAGGCCUCUUAGGACUGGCAAUUAGAGUUUUGGCGGUAAUGGGUGAUUUGGGGGCCGAGAAAAAUCAAGAGACAUAUGAGAUUCUUCUUGAUUACUAUGUCAAUGCUGGGAGGUUGGAAGAUACUUGGUCAAUGAUUAAUGAGAUGAAGCGGAAGAGGUUUCGGCUAAGCUCAUUUGUGUACAGUAAGGUUAUUGGUCUUUACAGGGACAAUGGAAUGUGGAAGAAAGCAAUGGACAUUGUGGGUGAGAUAAGGGAGAUGGGGAUGGCAUUAGACAAACAGAUUUACAACAGCGUUAUUGAUACCUUUGGGAAAUAUGGUGAGGUGGAUGAAGCUUUGGAAGUGUUUGAGAAAAUGAAACAAGAAGGUGUACAGGCUGAUAUAACGACGUUUAAUUUCUUGAUACGGUGGCAUUGUAAGGCUGGUGAUAUAAGUAAGGCACUUGAUUUGUUAUCUGAGAUGCAGGAACAGGGGUUAUAUCCUGAUCCAAAGAUCUUUGUCACCGUUAUCAGCCGACUGGGGGAGCAGGGGAAGUGGGAUAUGAUACAGAAGACUUUUGAGAAUAUGAAACGCCGAGGGCAUAAGAAAAGUGGGACCAUUUAUGCUGCUUUGGUUGAUAUUUAUGGGCAAUAUGGAAAAUUUAAGGAUGCAGAGGAGUGUAUAUCCGCCCUAAAGGCGGAAGGUCUUAUUCCUUCAGCCAGCAUGUUUUGCGUCUUAGCAAAUGCCUACGCUCAGCAGGGAUUAUGCGGACAGACAGUUAAGGUACUUCAGCUCAUGGAAGCUGAGGGAAUUGAACUGAAUGUCAUAAUGCUGAAUGUGCUGAUGAAUGCAUUUGGUGUUGCUGGUAGACAUUUAGAGGCUUUAUCCAUUUAUCACCAUAUAAAAGAAAGUGGUUUUAGCCCUGAUGUGGUUACGUAUACUACCCUCAUGAAGGCAUAUAUUCGGGCAAGGAAGUUCGAUAAGGUCCCUGAGGUUUACAAGGAAAUGGAACAUGCUGGAUGCACUCCGGAUAGGAAGGCUAGGCAGAUGUUACAAGUUAUGAUCCUUUCAGCAGUCAAAAGACGGUCUUACGUGAUGGCUGUGCCGCUUUUUUACAAACACUUCAAACCAGAUGGGGUGUCAACUUUCGCCACAUUAAAAUGCACAACUGAUAAAGCAGCAAGAGUUGCACUGAUGAACUGGUGUAAUAUGUUGGAAAGACAACAGCUAAGACUAGCCCCUCUGGUUUGGCAGUUGGAAACAUGGACAACAGAGCAAGGAAGUGCAACACAAACUCUCACUUCAAAGCACGAGUCAUUUUCGUGGGCUAUCAACUUGGUGCCCGCCUAUGCAGGGCAGCAUUGGUUACGAUGUUAG